AUGAAUGGCGCUGUCACCUUUGGCGCUAGUCAAUCUUUUCCUCCGGGGUCUGCUGGCACAAGCACUUCUUUCAACUUUCAGCCUCCACAGGCGAGCUCCUUUACGUUUGGUGCGCCUACCGGUACACCCAAUCCCUUCGCGAAUCUGAAUGGAACUGCGGACGCGCAGGAUGUCUCAAUGGAGUCACCCCAGAAGAAGCCUGCGUUUGGGAGUGCUUUCGGAUCAAACAGUUUUACAUUUGGCCAAACGGCAGGACAACAAUCCAAUGCCCCAGUCAGUUUUGGUGGAACUCAGACUGCAAAUACAAAUGGCACCGGUUUAUUUGGGCAGUCCUCGAAGCCCACAGAGCCUUCUGCUCCAACGAACCCGUUUGCUCAGCCUUCCCAGUCACAGCCGUUGUUUGGCGGGUUCGGUCAGUCGUCGUCGACGGCGGUGUCUCAGACACCAGCAUUCAGCUUCGGCCAAAGCACAUCUGUUCCACAAAGCCCCCUUCCCGCUUUCGGCACCAAACAGGGUCCUGAUUCGCAAAUUUCAGCCUCAAAAUUCACCUUUGGGCAAACCAGUGCUACGCCUCAGAAUCAAGGCACUGGGCUUUUUGGCUCUAAUACAUCGGCACCCCAAAGCGGUGUCGGCAGUAUGUUUGGAUCUACCCCAAAUCAGACAUCUAAUGGAUUCGCUUUCGGACAAAAUUCUGCCCAAAGCGCCCCGACAGGCAAUCCCUUUGCCAACUCGAGCGCCACGAAAGCGGAAGAGCCCAAACCUGCCACUCCGUUAUUUGGCGCCCAGGACACUUCCCAGCACGCUGCUGAGGCGCAGCAACAAUCUUCAUCUCCAGAGAAGCCCGCUGCUUCGGAAUCCAGUGCGCCGCCUGCUAACCCUUUCGCUGGUCUUUUUGCCGGUGGCAGCGGUCCAACCCCAGCCCUUUCCGCCUCCAAACCCAUAUUCAACCUUGGUACGACAAGUCAGACGGCCGCGCCCGCGGCUGAGGAGCAAGAAACGACCACAAGUAAGUCGCCAUUCAGCUUUGGUACCACGGCACAACCUAAACCAGCCGCGGACGCAUCAGAACCGAAACCGUCAAGUGCGGCGUUCAAAUUCGGCUCUACGACGCCAGCAACGGGAUCGACAACUUCAGGCCUCUUUGGGGGAUCAGGAAGUUCUGGUCCGCCUACAUUUCAACUGGAGGCUUCUAAAGCUGGCUCUGCGGUGGAAACUGCGCAAGGAGAUGCUGGGCAACCCAGGGAUGCCGCGCCGAAACCAUUGUUCGGCUCCACCACCCCAUCGAAACCUGUCUCUGGUGGAGGAUUAUUUUCAUCUGCGAAAGGUCCCGAAGAGGGCAAGGGCGCAAGUGCAAGCCUCUUCAGCAAGCUAAGCAGCGCUGUUGAGAGUUCACCCCAACCUUUAUUCAAUGCACAACCCAAGGCCACGCAAGAGAGCAGUCUGCCCCAAGCAUUGACCACGAAUCAGUUCUCCAGUGCGCCAAAAUCCGGCGUCGAUAGAAGUACGAGCUCUGCAGAGUCAACCUUUCCCCAGCCGUCCCCGGCUCCUACACCGUUCAGUGGUCUGUCCCGGCCAGAAUUUCAACAAUCUCAAGCCACGCAAAAGUCUUCACCCACCCCCAGUGUCUUCUCCAUCACCACUCCGCAAGGCGGUGAGCCUCCAGAUGCAGAGCCAAACCUUUCUGCACGGACCUCGAGUGGCCUGGCACAAAAGCCUUCAGCAAAUGUUGAGGAUUCUGCCACGGAUUUGGAACCGGUGAAGAGACCAGUAUACACUAAGGCCCCAUCACGUGUUCCUGGCCACACAACUCCCGAACAGUUUCAAGAGUUUGAUCGGGAUUACCGUCUUCAUUCUCUGAACUACGGCUUCCAGAAGAAGAUAGCCACCCUGGACCCGCGCUCGCAAGACUUUGAACAUAUCAUCCGGCAUUAUGUAGCUGCGCGUGACAGCAUCGGCGCAUCAUUGGGGUUGUUUGUGCGCAACGUUGCAGGAACAAAACGAAAAGGCGAUCAGGUUGAUGAUCGCGAAGAAGAAAUCGAGCAGAACAAGAGACCCCGAGAAACAAGUUCACAGAAACCGUUCACGUUUGGUUUGCAAACCACUCCUGCAACUUCUGAUUCAACCGUGCCGGCGGCAAACAAUACUACUAAUGGUAGUCGGGGAUUUUCAACGGCGGCUAGCACCAUUAAGGACAACGUCUCCGGAUUUGGUUCGAAUAACAUUUCUGGGGCUUCGCCAGCCACAACGGGGUUCAAACCAAAUGCAGUCCCCUUUUCAGGGUUUGACUCGGCCCCAGUUGCGAGUGCUAAUCCUUUUUCCAAUGCAAAUCAGACAACAAACAAGCCUUCAUCCAUGCCAUCGACAACACCAACGAAACCACCCCCGAAACCAGCGACUUUUGAAGUUCCUAAGUUUGGGAGUAGCAACACAAACUUCCUUGCUGCAUUCGGUCAGAAAGCAAAGGCAAAUGCCGAUAAGUUCGAGAGAGAUCUUAUUGAAAAACGCAAGGCGGAGGAGUUCGAUUCGGAUGAGGACGACGAGGAGACGUUCAACAAGCGCAUCGAAGAGGAGAACCGAGCGAAGAAGGCAAAAAUUGAUGCUGUGGCAAAGGCUGGGUUCAAACCAACGUUCGGUGCUAGUGCUGUCGUACAGCCCUCGGAGAAGGAGGCUACCAAUGCAUCAUUUGCAGGGUUCACCCCUUCAGCGUCUUCUAACCCUUUUGCUUCACUCACGUCACAAGACGAAAACGCAGCACAGUCAGCAGCCGCAGACGAAGAUGAGAAUGAGAAUAGCGGAUCAAGCCAUGAUCAGCCCGCAGAGAGUACCGAAGAAGAAACCGGUGACGAUAGCCAAGAGGAAGUCGAGCCCGAAGAUGACCUUCCGGAAGAUGAGGUUACCGAAGACAACGGAGAGGAAGAGGACGAAGAUGAUAAUGACCUGCAGGCAGCCAUGGAUAGGGCAAGAAGCAACCCAAAUGCCGGUAAGAGUUUAUUCGAUCGCAUUGAGCCGAAUCCGAAUAAAGAGAAAGCGACACCAACGAACGGAGAGAAAAAUGAGCCUGGAGCGGGAUCGUCUUCUGGCAUGCAGCCAGGGAAGAACUCCUCGUUUGGUUCGUCGACCUGGGGAUCUCAAGUUGGCAAAUCGACACCUGAACAACCGUCGAUUUCUCCCUUCAAUUCCUCCACUGGUGCAUCAACUCUCAAGCCAGCAAGCGGAUUCCACUUUACUCCGACCCCCGCAAAUACUCCACCUACGACGGCUCCUGGUUCUUCAAUCUUUUCCGGUGGAGCUAUCAGACAGGGUCCAGUCCCGGGAGAGGGUUUAUUUGGCUCUCGACCGAGUACGCCGAGCAACGCAGACCAGAACGCCAGCCUCGCCAAAUCGGUUCUCACUUCUCCAGCGGGGACCGACAACACGUGGAAGCAAGGUGCACCUAUCUCUUUCGCAAAUGGAGAGAAGCAUACGAGUGCUCCUAUUUUCAAACUUACCGCGGCCUCCCCAGGCGAGAACGAGAAGGACUCGGCCCCCUUCAAGCCGCUCAGCACUCUCUUUGGCACAACUGCCCCGGGCUCGAGAGGCUCCGACACACCGAGUUUAGGCUUUCAAUUUGGUGCCCCUACGCCGUCACCAGCGCCUGGCUAUCUGGGUGCCAUUUCUCAUCUAGGAGGUGGGUCUGCGGCUAGUUCUGCUGUCUCGUCUCGUGCCACCUCGCCUGGGCUGACAGAUAACGAAUCUGUUGCUACAAACGAGACCGAGGAAAGCGUCGACGAUCCGCAAACUUCGCUGAUGGACUCACGAGCAGGGGAAGAAAAUGAGAAUUGCCUUUGGGAAGGCCGCUCCAAAGCCCUUAUGUUUGUCACAGCUGAAACAGCAAAGGGUACCAAACACACUCCCAACGACUGGAACUCGAUGGGCGUGGGCCAGAUCCGAGUCCUCAAGAACAAAGAGACCAACAAAACCCGCGUGGUGUUCCGCGUGGACCCGAGCGCUAAUAUUCUUUUCAACUCUCAUCUUGUGGAGAGCACGACCUACGAGAGUGUCCCGAGUAAUAAGAGUGGCGCAGUCAGAGGCGCACUGAUGUAUAAGGGGAAGAUCACGCGGUUAGUGUUCAAAUUGAAGACGCCAGAGAUGGCGAGUGAGUUAGCCAAGAUUCUGGAGGAGAACAAAAGUGCUUGA